GCCAGCGAUGUUAGCCUUGAGCACCAAACCCUGGUUGUCCUACAAUUUCCAGGGCAAGAACCACUGCACUCCCAUGAGCUACGAGCAGUUGGAGUUCGCGUCCUCCUUUGCGUCGGAGCAGUGUCCCGAAGGUUUCGUGGCCAUCUCGGGCAACACCUUGCGCAUUUUGGCAUGCGAGCGCUUGGGCGAGCUAUUCAAUCACACAGUCAUGAAUUUGUCUUACACACCGCGUCGCUUCGUGCCGUUGCCCCCGGCUGUGUUGCCGCCCCCGGGGCAGCCCACCACGGAUCCCAUCAUGCUGGCGGUGCUAGAGGCAGACCACAACGCCUACAACGAGGAAACGAAGCGUGAGAUUCGAGCGGCCUUGAAGAAGAUUCGCUUGACCAAGACCGUGGAAGAUGAGUUGGAUGACGUGAAGGAUGAAGAGGAUGAAGAAGACCUGCCGGAAGCACAGGUCGGUACCUUCAAGGCCGGCGAAGGGAAGUGGGGCUCCUGCGUGCGCAUUGUGAAUCCAUCCAACCUGACACCUGUCUUCAAAUUGGAUUUGGAUAUCGAUGAGGCGGCGCUCUGUUUGACGGUGUGCUAUUUCUCGCAGUUGGCCAACCAGCCUUGUCUCGUGGUGGGCACCGUGUACAACAUGACGCUGUAUCCCAGACAUGCGCCAAAGGCAACCAUCAAGACCUACAUGUACGAUGAGCGCUAUCAUUUGCAGCUGAUCCACUCGACGCCUUUGGAUGAUGUGCCUUUGUGCCUCUUCCCCUUCGAAGGUCGUUUGCUGGCGAGCGUGGGGAAGAACUUGCGCAUCUACGAGCUGGGAAAGCGAAAGUUGCUCCGAAAGUGCGAAUACAAGAACAUCCCUGAGGGACUCAUGUGGAUGCACGUGAAGGGCGACAAGAUCUUUGCCGGUGACCUACGAGAGUCCUUCCACAUCUUCAAGUACCGCCGCUCGGACAAUCAGUUGUUCGUGCUCUCUGACGAUCAAGCACCCAGAUGGAUGACAUGUGCCACAGUGCUGGACAGCAUGACCAUGGCAGGUGCCGAUAAGUUCGACAACUUCUUCGUGUGCAGAAUACCCGAAGAGGCCAGAGACGAUGAAGGUGGAGACCACACUGGCUUGCGCUUGAAGGCGGAUACCGCUUACCUCACGGGCGCCACACCGAAGUUGGACAGCAUCGUGCAGUUCCACGUGGGUGACACCGUCACAGCGCUGGAAAAGACCACCCUAGCGCAGGGAGGAAGUGAGUUGAUUUGCUACUCCACUCUCUUAGGUGCCAUUGGAGCCUUCUAUCCUUUCGCCGGCAAGGAUGAGUUGGAUUUCUUCCAGCACCUGGAGAUGUUUGUGCGGGCAGAGAAGCCGCCGCUCUGCGGCCGCGAUCACAUCAUGUACCGGUCCUAUCACUUUCCCGUCCAGAAUUGUGUGGAUGGCGAUUUGUGCGAGCAGUUCAUGACGCUCACGGCGGAGAAGCAGCGGCUCAUCGCCAGUGAACUGGACCGAACGCCGGCGGAGAUCAUUAAGAAAUUGGAGGACAUGCGAAAUCGUCUCAUCUGAGCCUGGUGCGUGGCUUCAAACUGCGUGAGAAACAUCACACUUUCA